UUUCACCGCUUGGCCAAGAUAUUGUAGCAUGUCGAGAAGAGACCAUUUGAAAAUGAUUAUAAAGAGGCUAAAUGAGCGAGCCUGUACGACCGAUUGAGAAGAGAAGUAGAACAAACGGCAACAAUAUUUGCAAACUUGAUGGCUGCUCGAAGGCUAUCCUCUCUGCUCUCUCUUUCUUCUUCUGCUACUGCUGCAACUUCUUUAGGUUCUUUUGGGCGAUUUUCUAGAUGGGGAAGAGGAAUCAAUAGCUUCAGUACCUCUGCUGCAAUUGAUGAACCUAUCAGUCCAUCUAUUGUAAUAGAUCAUACUCAGCUCCUCAUCAAUGGACAAUUUGUUGAUGCUGCAUCAGGGAAAACCUUCCCUACCCUUGAUCCUAGGACAGGAGAUGUGAUUGCCCAUGUUGCAGAAGGUGAUGCUGAAGAUGUCAAUCGUGCAGUGGCUGCAGCUCGCAAAGCAUUUGACGAAGGGCCGUGGCCUAAACUAACUGCUUAUGAAAGAUCGCGUAUCAUGUUUCGUUUUGCGGAUUUGCUUGAGAAACACACUGAAGAGGUAGCCACACUUGAAACUUGGGAUAAUGGAAAACCUUAUGAGCAGGCUGCUAAAAUUGAGAUACCGAAGGUUGUACGUAUGUUCCGAUAUUAUGCUGGCUGGGCAGACAAGAUUCAUGGACUCACUGUUCCAGCUGAUGGACAGCAUCAUGUCCAAACACUGCAUGAACCAUAUGGUGUAACUGGUCUAAUUAUUCCAUGGAAUUUUCCUCUUCUGUUGUAUUCUUGGAAAGUUGCCCCUGCUUUAGCUUGUGGGAACACAGCUGUCCUGAAGACAGCAGCGCAGACACCACUGUCUGCUCUCUAUGUUUCCAAGCUUUUUCAUGAGGCUGGACUUCCUCCUGGUGUUCUAAAUGUGGUCUCUGGAUUUGGUCCUACAGCAGGUGCAGCACUUGCUAGUCAUAUGGAUGUCAACAAGCUGUCAUUCACAGGUUCCACUGCCACAGGUAAGAUUGUAAUUGGACUGGCUUCAAAGAGCAAUCUUAAACCGGUAACAUUGGAACUUGGAGGAAAAUCCCCUUUCAUUGUAUGCAAGGAUGCCGAUGUUGACAAGGCUGUUGAGCUUGCACACUCUGCCUUGUUCUUUAAUCAGGGUCAGUGUUGUUGUGCUGGUUCUCGCACUUUGGUGCAUGAAAGUGUAUAUGAUGAGUUCGUAGAGAAAGCAAAGGCUCGAGCACUGAAACGUGUUGUUGGGGACCCUUUCCAGAAGGGGAUUGAACAAGGUCCUCAGAUUGAUGAUGAGCAAUUCAAGAAGAUCCUCAAGUACAUAAGGUCUGGCAUUGAAAGUGGAGCUACACUUGAAUCUGGAGGUGAACAACUCGGCUCCAGAGGCUACUAUAUUCAACCCACUGUUUUCUCAAAUGUUCAGGAUGACAUGUUGAUCGCUAAGGAUGAGAUCUUUGGUCCAGUGCAGUCCAUCUCAAAGUUCAAGGAUCUUGAUGAGGUGAUUCAAAGGGCAAAUGCAACUUCUUAUGGACUGGCUGCUGGCGUUUUCACUCAGAACUUGGAAACUGCCAACACCUUGACCCGUGCAUUGCGAGCAGGGACGGUAUGGAUCAACUGCUAUGAUAUAUUUGAUGCUGCAAUUCCUUUUGGUGGGUUCAAGAUGAGUGGACAGGGAAGAGAAAAGGGAAUCUAUGGCCUUUCUAGUUACCUGCAAGUUAAGGCUGUUGUCACUCCUCUAAAGCAUCCAGCGUGGUUGUAAUUUAUUUUCUCAACUUGCCAUCAUCUAAAUCUACAUUUGAGCAGAGAAGGCGCUGACGAUUUUAAUUACAGCUUGUUAAUGCUAUGAAUAAUCUUUCUCUCCCAUUUGUUCUUCGAAUUUUGUAUGAUGUACUUAUCGUAUACUUUAUUAUUCUAAUGAAUAAUCAGCUCUACUAACUAAAA